UUUGUUGUUGUUGUUGGGUUUUCUUUCUUACCCAUUUUUUUUUUUGUUCAUGCUUAUAAGGCACAAAUCCUUCUCCUAUCUUUCUUCUUCUUUUUCUUCUUGACCCUUCUUAUUAUUCCUUUCCCUCAUUCUUAGAGGGAAGGAAAAGAAGAACAAGAUAAUAUUAAUAUUAUUAUAUAUUUAUUUUUAUUAUUAAUAUUAAUUUUCCCCCUUUUUGGGUGAAACCAAAAAACACAAAAAAGAACCAUGGAUUCAUCGUUUGUCUCCAACGAUGUUGUUUCUGGGUUCAAAGAUAAGGAGUCAAUGGUUGACCCUUUUUUGGUUGAGGCUCUUCAGAACCCUAGGCAUCGUCUUACAAUUCUGCGGAUGGAGCUGGAUAUCCAGAAAUUUAUGAAUAACGCUGAUCAGCAUCAUUUUGAAUUUCAACAUUUCCCUUCUUCUUAUCUCCGAUUGGCUGCACAUCGUGUUGCUCAACACUACGGCUUGCAAACAAUGGUUCAAGACAAUGGAUUAGAUGGCCAGAGUAAAAUUUUGGUCAGAAAGUUACCUGAAAGCAAGUACCCUGUAGUUCGCUUAUCUGAAAUACCUGCAAAACAGUUGGACAAUGAGAAAUCUGAGCUGAAAAAAAUCGUCAUUCGACCUAGGCCUCAUAACAGUGGUUUGAAUGGAGCUAAUGAUUCCACAAAAAAAGGAAACCCAUUGAGAAGUGUGGAAGAGAGGAAGGAGGAGUAUGAUCGGGCACGAGCACGUAUCUUUAAUGGCUCCACAAGCUUUGAUUCAGUUGAUACCUCAUCCAUGGUCCCAAUAGAUGGGAAAAGUUCUUCAAUGAGCAAGGAUGAGAAUGAAACUAGCAAAAUUGCCAUGGCUGAUCCAGAAAGAUGCAUCAAUUUCAGGGAUAAUGGUUAUCCUCGAGUUGCCAUUAUCAGAGAUAGGGAAAAGGAUCGAAGUGAUCCAGAUUAUGAUCGCAGCUAUGGAAGGUAUGCCAGGAGUUUAUCAGCCUCUGCAAUUAACUUGGUGCCUUUUAAUUUGCCAAACGCUCAACCUUCAUUUGCUCAGUAUGAACCUACUUUCAAUCCGUUGGUUCAGAUGCAACAAACUCAGGCUUCAAUUGGAUAUGGGCUUCCUUCAACCCCGAUGAUGAGUCCUUUUGUUACGCCGACUUUGAAUCCGACAUCUGGGGAUGGUGCUUACCUACAGUGGCCAAGUCCUACAAUGAUGUAUGCACAUUCAUAUGACCAAUUUAGACAUGCUGUUUACCAGGCUCCAUUUGGUCAACCUUUGAGCUUUGACUAUUCACAGAACUAUUAGAUGAUAUUUAGGGAGGAAGGUUUGGAUUUGGAGGCAGAAGUUAUGUUGUUAGCCUUUUAGGAGAUCUCAUUAUUAGGUUAAUUUUUCAGUACUCCUUUAUUAUAGACCUUUCUUUGAUUAUGUUAUUGUAGUAUGUAUGUCUUUGGUUUUCAAUUUUGAUGGUUACAAUAUAUGGUUCAGUACUUCUUAUGUGACAGUUUAUAAAAUAGUAAACUCUAGUGGAUUUUAUGCAUUUAUUAUAAUAUAAUAUAUAUGGUACUAAUGUUUCUGUGGUGGAUUUAAAAUAUAUAUAUUUGUCUAA